AUGGAUACUCUCUUUGGGAACAGGAAGAUAUCGAUGAAGGCUCUGUCUGACUUCUCUAACUUGAACAAAGGGACGAAACAGCAUCUGAAGAAUGUGUACACGUCUCUGGGGCUGACGAUGCUGUCAGCAGCAGCCGGGGCCCUGGGCUUCUUCCUGCUUCAGCUACAGGUUUCACUGCUGGCAGUCCUGGGGUCCAUUGGUCUCCUAUUUGCCAUCAUGUUCACUCCACACACUCCCGAGAAUGUUACCAAGAGACUCGGUUUCCUCUGUGCCUUUGGUGCAUGCACUGGUGUUAGUCUGGGACCACUUCUUGGUGCAGUUGCUGACAUCCAGCCAAGAAUACAUGUAGAUGAAACUGUCCCAUACUAUACCUAUUUGAACAUUCGAUUGCAGUUGACUUUGCUCCACCUUCUUCCACAAGCUGUAGUGCUCCGGUCGGUUACUCUGUUCUGUGGGUCGCUUCUCUUUGACACCACACUGUUGGGACGCGAUCAACACAACGGAGACGACGACUACGUCAGUCACUCUCUCGACCCACUUCUGAAUUCCUCAACAUUUCCGUCGUCCAUGUUCGUAUCCUGGCCUCCAAGGGAAGAAGAGGAAGAACCACUACAAUUUAUACUGUUCUCUGGGUGA